AUGUCGGAUUUUGCAUCAGCGCUGCUCAACUCGUUUCCCCUAUCGCUCCUCUUAUCGGGUCUCGUCGCAAUGGGCCUACUCUCAUGGGUACGCCCCAGCGGGCGAAUCUCCUUCUUCCACGCCAAGGACAAUAAGCUCGUCUUGACUAAAAAGUCUAUUCUGUCGGGUGCAAAGGAGCAGACGACCUUGGUCGAUAUCUGUCGUGAUGCGACACCUGAAGCCUGCCAUCUGAACCCGCUUUUGUUCAACGGCCAUCUACAGACGAUGUACACGGUCUUGAAACAUGAUAAUGUUCCCGUGUACUAUAAGCGAAAGAUGUUUGAAGCCGAUAGCUCCAUGUUCUCCGGGACAUAUGCGAUUGAUUUCGUUGUCCGACCCUAUGAGAUGCCUCCCGAGGGCGAGUUGACGGAUCAAGCGAGAAAGUAUACUCAGCCAUCUGGUCUGCCUCCACGUACGUCCUUUUACUCGGAGGAUGAAUUUGCGGGCAUUGCUUCGGACGAUACAAAGCCUAUGCUGGUCGUUUUGCAUGGCUUGAGUGGAGGUUCGCACGAGGUGUAUUUGCGUCACGUUCUUUCACCGCUCAUUGCAGAUGGUGCUUGGGAGGCCUGCGUGGUCAACUCGCGGGGUUGCUCGCAGACGAAAAUCAGCACGGGGGUAUUGUAUAAUGCGCGCGCAACCUGGGAUGUGCGCCAGUCAGUAAAGUGGCUUAGGAAGACUUUCCCUAAUCGUCCUCUGUUCGGCAUUGGAUUCUCCCUGGGUGCUAAUAUUCUGGCUAAUUACCUGGGUGAAGAAGGCGAUCACUGCCAAUUGAAGGCUGCAGUGCUUUGCGCUAGUCCCUGGAACUUAGAUGUCAGCUCUGUCCACUUGCAGAGCUCUUGGCUCGGCAAAGAGGUGUACAGCAAGACAAUGGGCUCCAGCAUGAAGAGACUUUUCGAAGCCCACGCCGAAGAAGUGAUCAAGAACCCUCGCAUUGAUGCCGAGGCUAUCAGAAGCAUUACCUACCUACAUGAGUUUGAUCGGGCUUUGCAAUGUCCUACAUGGGGCUACCCGACUGAGGGUGCCUACUACCGUGAUGCUGCCUCUACGGAUGCAAUGCUUUCCAUCCGCAUUCCGUUCUUUACCGUGCAGGCCGAGGAUGAUCCCAUUGCUUCUCGCGACGCAUUGCCAUUCCACGAAAUGACCCAGACCCCCUACGGUGUCAUGUUGACCACCUCGUGGGGCGGCCACCUCGGCUGGUUCGAACUUGGUGGUGACCGUUGGUUUGUCAAGCCGGUUACGAACUUCCUCAACAAAAUGGCCCAGGAAAUUGAUACGUCGAUUCCCGGUGUCGUUGAGCACCCGGAGAAGCUCCCAGGGCAUAUUGCCAGCCACCCUGGCCCUAACAAAGACGCUGACUUGGCGCCAAAGCCCGAGUUCCUCCCUGUGAACCGCAAGCUCGACAUGAAGCUGCCCAAAUAA